AUGGAAAUAAAUCAGUCAAGUGUUACAACAUUCAUUCUUUUGGGAUUCAGCAAUCUUCCUCAGAUGAGAAUAUUCCUCUUUAUAUGUUUUUUUAUUAUAUAUACUGUGUCCAUUGUGGGGAACCUACUUAUUGUUUUACUCGUUGUAGCUGACCAGCAUCUUCAUACCCCCAUGUAUUUCUUCCUCAUUAACUUGUCUUGUUUGGAGACCUGUUACAUUUCAAACAUCCUGCCCAGGAUGCUGGCUAGUUUUGUAACUGGGGAUCAAUCUAUAUCUGUUUAUGGAUGUAUGACACAAUACUACUUCUUUGGUUUCUUAGCAUCUACUGAAUGUUAUCUUCUGGCAAUGAUGUCUUAUGAUCGAUAUUUAGCAAUAUGCAAACCAUUGCAUUAUACCACUCUCAUGAAUGGUAAACUCUGUCUCCAAUUAGCCCUCACAUCUUGGAUGAGUGGUUUGUUGACCAACACCAUCAUAACUGUUUUUCUGGUACAGUUAACUUUUUGUGGACCCAGUGAAAUUGACCAUUUCUUUUGUGAUGUGUCUCCAGUGGCUAAUCUUUCCUGCAGCAAUACAGACAGGGUAAACCUUGCUACAUUUAUUCUAGGAUUCAUGGCUAUAGGGCCCCCAUUUCUCCUAACGAUAGCCUCCUACAUCUAUAUUCUUUACACUGUAUUGCAAAUGAAAUCUAAAACAGCACAGCAGAAGGCUUUCUCGACCUGUUCUUCUCAUCUCAUUGUAGUUUCAUUUUUCUAUGUUUCAUUAUUCCUUGUCUAUGUUGUCCCUGAAACAGAAAGACUGAAGGAGCUACAUAAAAUCUUUUCUCUGUUCUACACUGUCCUGACUCCAAUGCUCAACCCCAUCAUCUACAGUUUGAGAAACAGAGAAGUGAAGGAAGCCCUCUUUAAAACUGUUAGAAAGUACAGCAGUAGAGUUUUAUAG